AUGGAGGUUCUUGAAACCGCGCUUGUUGAGAUGCGGGUCUCUGUUUCCUCUCUUGAGGGACGGGAACGAGAACUUGUGGCAGAGGUUGGACGAUUACAAGAAGAGAUGACAUCUAUGAUGGAAGCAGACAAUGUCAAGAAAAAAUUGACGGCGAAACGCGAGGUUUUCACCCCCUCCUUGGCCGAUGUCGCUUGCACAGAAGAGCCCUGGGAGCCCCUGCAAUGCGUAUGCCAGGCGUACAGUGAAGUGGUAAAUGCACAGAUCGCACUUCUGCGUGCAGCUUCCGCCAUUGUCGUUGUACCCAAAAUUUCAGGCGAGGAGUUUGAGAAUGUUUGCAAGGCACUGGAUGCUAUUGUGGCGAAAGAUGAUCGCGUUACCAAUGGCAUCAACGAAAAGGAUGGAAGAGGCAUCCCCUCAAGCUUUAAGUUUGUUGAAGAAGAGGGUUCUGAAAAACAGCUGGGGAGGAAAUCUUCACCGUUAAAGACGGCACCACUACAAUCUUCAGAGACAUCGACAUUUUACAUAAAGCACUCGCCUGCUCUUUUCUCUGCCCCAAUGGCGACUUCUGGAAACGGAAAAAAAAAUGCCCAAACCGGCAACCAUUACUUAUUCUCUGAAUUCCCGUCGACCCAAACAGCCGAUCCUCAAAGUGAAACCAGUGGAUUUUGCUUGGACAAAAAUCACGCCGCGUUUUAUUUCACAUUGGGAAGUGAAAAUGAAAAAGAUAAACGUUCCCCACAUCCCGCUGACGCGGCAGGAUCAUCUCCGCAGGAGACAUACCCCGCCUUCUUUGCAGAGAAGCAUUCGCACAAAGCCUCCAAUGCAGCACCUACCAGAAGCAUUGCGUCACCUUUGGGUUCAGAGUCACCCGGACGAUUUGCACCGGAUCCUUUGGAUUAUUUCGUAAAAUCCCGUGAGAUGGGUAAAGAUACGGAACGCGACGGCAGUGUUCACGGGAACGCAACCAACGUGAAAAACUUUUUGGACCUCUUUGGCGCGGCACCUCCCGAAGAAUCACAUUCAAAGCAGGGGAAAGAUAACAACACCUUUGUUGCAGAGUUUGAUCCCUUUGCUUGA